AUGAAUACUGUGAAAGAAAGGAAAAGUAGAAGAACUCACAAGAAUUCCCGUGAUGGGUGUCCCAAUUGUAAAGCCAAGCGGAUUAAGUGCUCAGAAGAGUUACCUCAAUGUUUCAAUUGUAUCAAAAAGAACUAUCGUUGCGGAUAUUUAGAUUUCCCUAAAGAUAAAUUAAAUCACAUAAGGAACAAGAACGAAGAUAAGAGGAAAGAAGAAUUAUUCAAGAAGUUGAAUAGAGAUCAAGAGAUCUUUAACUUACCAAAUUCUAUCAGUGAUCUUAAUGAUUCUAUAAAGUAUCAUAAUUCACGUGACUCGGAUUCUUCAUUGAAUUCUAGAAACAAUUCAUUAAAUUCUAAGAAGAACUCAUAUAGUUCAAGUUUGGGGACGUCGAUGAAUUCCAUGAAUUCCAAACAAGUUUUGAUCAAUGAAACAUUCAAUAACAUUCAUAGCGAGUUUGCUACCAAUCUUUUGAAAUUGGAAACAGACUUUAAUGGAUCAGUCCAAGGUUCAGUGCAAGGUUCUGUGCAUGGGAAUUCUAUGGAUGCGAACAUGAACGAUAUGAAUAUGAAUAGUACUGCUAUGGAGAGUGGUGGUAGUGGCAACAGUAUUCAUACCACCCAAUCUAGUCUUCAUGGUAAUGUUCAUGAUAAUCUCGGAUCUAAUGUUCCAAUACCCAUGAACCCUAACAAUAUGGGCAUGAAUAACAUCAAUAUCAUGAACAUGAAUGAUAUGAGUCUUCUUAAUAAUGGUAUAAGCGGACUUAAUGGACUUAACUCCAUGAAUGUCCCUAUGAAUCUGUAUGAUUAUGAUAUGUUUGAUUUCGAAUCAUCGGCCAAUCAGUUUGUUAACUUUGACAAUUCUAAUAUCAAUAUCUUGAAAGUAUAUGAUUAUAACCAACCAACAGAAGGGCAAAACUUGAACGCACCACCAUUAGCCAUGGCGCCACCAGUUGCUCAAACAUCUCCAUAUGGACUCCCCAAUGCUAUGAAUCAACCAACGGUGUUCAAGAGGAUCCAGAGAUCUAAGCCAAGGUAUCACAAACAAUAUUUCUUCCUCCCGGUGUACAAUAAGAAGUUUUAUACCAGACUUUGGCACCAAUUAUUCAACCAAUCUGUUGAUAAUGGAGUAUUCCAAAGUUUCAUCCUUGAUAAGUCCUUAGGUAUUCUUCUUUCAAACUUGAAUAUCGUUUUGACCAGUGAUUACCUUAAGAACUUCCAUAACACUUACCAUACUCUUGAUGAAAUGAACUUUAAAGAGGAUUUCUUCUUCAACGAUAAGAUCCUUCAUAAGUUGAUAGCUAAGAGUUAUAACUAUUACUCCAAUCUCAUCAAAGACAUCCGUGAUAAUUUGAACAAUUACCAUAUUGAGUACACCAUCAAGAUAAGUCUUUUAUCAUCAUAUUCGUCGUAUUUCUUACUCAACUCCAGUAUUGAUACGUUAAAUACUUUGAACUCCGGAGCUUCUUCGUUGUUACACAAAUUUACUCAUGAGAUCAAUGAUUUCAGUCAAUUGACUAUCAACGUCAAAUACAUCAUUGAUUUGAUUUUCAAUCAUAUUCAGAUUUGUAGGGUACCUAACUUACAGUUUGGAUUGAUUGAAAUCAUCUUUGAGCAAUUCAAAGUGUUUAAGAAGUUCCUUAUCAAUUCAACCAGUUUAUACCAGUCAUUACAAAAUAGUCAAAGUAUUCGUGAUUUCUUACCUAAACAUGAUUGUAUAGAGUUUGAGAAUUUCCUCACUUACUUGCUUUAUAACUUCCUUCCAAAGAUAAAGGCCAUGAACCAAUCUCACAAUCCUGACUGGUUUGAAGGUUGUAGGGAUUAUAGGGUGUUAUCGUAUAAUUUGAUCUUUGAAUUGAUCAACAAAUGGUUUAAGAUGUACCCGUCUAUUGUCAAUACCGUGGCAUCUCAUUUAAAUGUGUUGCAAAGAGUAUUCUACUUAUUUUUCAUCUGUGCUGGGAAAGUCUUGAAUCAAAUUUUCUCCCCUAUCAGAUCAAUAAUGAAUAUUGAUUGUGUCAAUGUGUUGUUCCCUGUAGUUGAUUUUGAUUUUGAAUCUUUCAGAAUCGAUCAAAAGGAAGACAAAUUGAGUAAUGAACAAUUCCAAUAUUUGAAUAGAAUCAACAAGGAUUUGUUAAGAAUGAUAAGUUUCUGUAAUUAUCGUACAUUAUUCUAUGGUCAUUAUCUUAGCACAGAAUCAGUGUUGGAUGAAGAAUUCAUCAGUAAAAUUGACGGAGAAAACGAUUAUAUUCGAGUAAUACCUACCGUAGUUGAUGUUCAAGAACAACCGUUAAAUGUCAAUUCAGAAUUACAAUUUGAUAUCAAAUAUGAGAACUUCCCUCAAUUCCAACAAUUCAAUAACAUUGCCGGUAGUAAGACCAAUCCACCAGUCGAUGAAACUCACAAAUAUGACGACAGUAACUUUAAUUUUGAGACGGGAUUAUUCAGAUCCGAUUUCGAUCCGACUUCCUUAGUUAAUGAAUUUUUAAAGAUCCAAAGAGUUAACUGGGAAUUGAACGGUGUGAAAUUACCUACCAUCAAAUUAAGAACUAAGAAUUUGAAUAGUUCAAGAAAAUUAAUCAACAAGAGUGUUAAUAGUUUCAAGACUACUCUUGAUUAA